AGAGCAAAAGUUCUUUUUAAACUGAUGAAAAUGUUGAAAUUUUUUUUAUGUGUGAUUUUUUCUAGUGUAGUCGCUAGUGAUGAUAGGGCACCGAUAGUGAAAUGUGCAGAUGGAAAAUUGGAGGGUAAAAUUUUGAAAAGUCGCGAGGGUAGAGACAUUUUUGGCUACCUGGGCAUACCUUUCGCCAAACCUCCCAUUGGGAAUUUGAGAUUUGAGCCUCCAAUACCAUUUGGUUGCUGGAAACACACCCUAAAUGCUACAAAACUCCACCCAAUAUGCCCUCAGAGAGAUAUUUACAGAAGGUCUAAUAUUUUUGAGGGUGAAGAGGAUUGUUUGUAUUUGAACGUAUACACUCCUAAGAAGCCGACUAAAGAAAAUGACGCUCCUUUGCCAGUCAUGGUAUUCUUUCAUGGAGGUGGUUGGUUGUGUGGCGGAGGUAAUACUAUGUGGUACGGUCCAGAUAUAUUAUUAGACAGGGACAUUGUUUUGGUUGUUACCAAUUAUAGAUUGGGUGCUUUAGGAUUUCUCAGUACCGGUGACAAAGUGGUACCGGGAAACAACGGACUGAAGGACCAAAAUCUAGCUUUAAGAUGGGUCCAAGCAAAUAUAAAAUAUUUUGGAGGUAAUCCAAAAAUUGUCACUAUUUUUGGUGAAUCGGCUGGAGGUGCGAGUGUUCACUAUCACAUGGUAUCAACAAUGAGUCAAGGUUUAUUUCACAAGGGUAUCGCUAUGAGUGGCACCGCUUUAUGUGUCUGGGCUUUAGCUCCGAAUAAAGAGGGAAUUGAAAACUCAAAAAAAUUAGCAAAAUCUUUUGAUUGUCCUACAGAGUCCACGAAAAAUAUGGUGGAGUGUUUGAGACAAGUAGAUGCAAUGGAAAUUGUUAAACAUGAUGUUCUAUUCAUGGAAUGGGAUUUUGAUCCAAUGAUUCCCUUUAAACCCACCAUCGAGCCUGAAGUAGAAGGAGCUUUUCUGACCGAACAUCCUAUCGACAUUGUAAAAGCUGGAAAAAGUGCUCAGAUACCACUGAUUGUUGGUAUUACGACUGAGGAUGGUGCCUUGAGAGGAGCAGCUCUUUUAAACAAUGAAGAUCUCUUGCAGGAGUUAAGUGAUAACUUUGAAAAAUUGCUGCCAAUCAGUUUAAUGUAUGACAAAACCGCCACAGAUGUGGACAGAGUUACUAAGAAAAUAAUAAACUUCUAUUUUGAUAAUGAGAAAAUAGAUGUGGAAAAAAAACGGGAGUUUAUCAAUAUGUAUACUGAUGGAUGGUUUCUCAGCUGCUCCGAUCAAACUGUACAGCUUCACACGAAUUAUACUAACCAGCCAGUUUAUUAUUAUCUUUUUGGACAUCGAGGUGUGGCUAGCUUCACGAAAAUGUUUGGAGGUGGAGAUGUAGACUAUGGUGUAUGUCAUGCCGAUGAUCUCCAAUACUUAUUUCCUGUGGGAGACGAACUAUUUCCAGACAAAAAACCAACUUCCGAUGAUAAAUACGUAGCCAAAUUAUUCACAAGUUUAUUUGCAAACUUUGCACGCACAGGAGAUCCUACUCCAGAUCUUUCCGAUUCAGACAUCAUUCGAGCAAAGUGGCAACCCGUGAAUGCGGAUGAAAUGCAGUAUUACCGCAUUGAUGCCAAAUCACCUGGAAUGAGCCAAGGAUUGUUCUUGGAAAGAGCCAAAUUUUGGAGAAAUUUACAGUCGAACUCACUACAGCAGAGUCAAAAUACUAGAUCAAAGGAUGAAUUAUAGCAUAGUUUAUCGCCAAAAAUGUUCAUAAAAUAAAUGAGAUGAAUUUAUUUCCAAUCAUA